AUGGCGUCCAGUGGUAUACGCUAUCCAAGCAUAGCAAGAUGCUAUGCCGAUGCAAACAAUAAGAUGCCCAAAACUUAUUGGGAUUAUGACAAUUUACAAGUCCAGUGGGGGUUACAAGAUAACUAUGAAAUCAUUCGCAAGGUCGGACGCGGCAAAUACUCUGAAGUAUUUGAAGGCGUCAACAUUACCAACGGUGAAAAGGUCGUCAUCAAGGUUUUGAAGCCAGUCAAGAAGAAGAAAAUCAAGCGUGAAAUUAAGAUUCUGCAAAACUUGGCUGGUGGUCCUAAUGUGGUUGGUUUGCUCGAUGUUGUUAGAGAUCCACAGUCAAAGACGCCAGCGUUGAUUUCAGAGUAUGUCAACAACAUCGAUUUCAAGGUGCUUUAUCCAACAUUCACCGAUUAUGAUAUUCGAUUCUAUAUGCUCGAGCUGUUAAAGGCUCUGGACUUUUGUCAUUCACGAGGAAUUAUGCAUCGUGACGUGAAGCCGCAUAAUGUCAUGAUUGACCAUCAAAAGCGCGAGCUGCGCCUGAUCGACUGGGGUCUAGCAGAGUUCUAUCAUCCUGGCACAGAAUACAACGUUCGGGUCGCAUCACGUUAUUUCAAGGGUCCGGAAUUACUGGUGGAUUUCCAGGAUUAUGACUAUAGCUUGGAUAUGUGGAGUUACGGCUGCAUGUUUGCUAGCAUGAUCUUCCGUAAGGAACCAUUCUUCCAUGGACACGACAACUAUGAUCAGCUCGUCAAGAUUGCUCGAGUGCUUGGUACAGAUGAACUGUUUUCCUACUUAGACAAAUAUGAUAUUGAGUUGGACCAGCAAUAUCACGAUAUCCUCGGAAGAUAUCCACGCAAACAAUGGUCGAAGUUCAUCACUAGCGACAACCAUCGUUUCGUGUCUGACGAAGCCAUUGACUUCUUGGACCAUUUGCUCCGUUAUGAUCAUCAAGAACGACUGACUGCACAAGAAGCUAUGGCUCACCCAUACUUUGGUAAGUUGGCAACCACCUCCCAUGCAGGCUGGAUUUAG